UCCCUCCCGUCACAGACGCCGCCGCCUCCUGGAAGGUCGCCGCCGUCGACUUCCACCGGAUCCCCUUCUGGUGCCGCCGCUCCUGCAGGACUCCUCGCCCCACCGCAACCUAGCGAAUCCGCGACCUCUCCCGCCCACCACACCGUCCCAGUAACAGAGAAGGGAAAAGAAGAACACACGUUCUCUUUCCGGCAGGGCUGUUCCUUCCCGAUGCUCCGGAUCGCCUCUCGCUCGGGUUUGCUUGGUAGCAGCAGAUGCUACAGCGCCGCCGCGAAGGGCGGCCUCUCAAUCAGUGGCGUCAGUGACAUCAUUGCCGUCGCCUCGGGGAAAGGCGGCGUCGGCAAGUCCACCACUGCAGUUAACAUCGCUGUAGCACUUGCGAAGGAGUUUAAGCUUAAGGUUGGUUUGCUAGAUGCUGACAUAUAUGGACCAUCCAUUCCCACAAUGAUGCAUCUGCAUGAAAAGCCUGAAGUAAGUGAAGACAUGAAGAUGAUUCCAGUUGAGAACCAUGGAGUGCGAUGUAUGUCCAUCGGGUUUCUUGUAGACAAAGAUGCACCAAUCGUUUGGAGAGGUCCUAUGGUAAUGAGUGCUCUUGAGAAGAUGACAAGGGGAGUAGCCUGGGGUAAUCUGGAUGUUCUUGUUGUUGAUAUGCCCCCCGGCACUGGUGAUGCUCAACUAUCAAUGUCCCAAAGGCUUCGGUUAUCUGGUGCUUUAAUUGUUUCUACUCCUCAAGACAUUGCUCUAAUUGAUGCUAGAAGAGGAGCAAACAUGUUUCGUAAAGUCCAAGUUCCUAUUAUAGGCUUAGUAGAGAACAUGAGUUGCUUCAAGUGCCCAAAGUGUGGUGAGAAGUCUUACAUUUUUGGGGAAGGUGGAGCUCAGAGAACUGCGGAAGACAUGGAUAUGAAGUUUCUGGGCGAGAUACCUCUUGAAAUUGACAUCCGAACUGGUUCGGACGAAGGCAAGCCAAUUGUGAUAUCGUCACCGAACUCUGCAUCGGCGCAAGCCUACCUGCGUGUUGCUGAAAAGGUGACUCAGAGGCUCAAGGAGUUAGCCGAGGAGCGACUGAUGGGCCCAGAUAUUUCGCUUUGAGAAUGUGUCGGCCUACAUGUAUCAUCCUUCUCCGUUUUAUCUCUGUCCAACUAUUUUGAGUUGAAAAAAAUCCUUCCGGUAACCCGUGUUCUUACGCAAACAGAUGGGCUCACUGGUUCGGCUAGGAAUUCUGAAAUAAACCUUUGGUACCAUGUGUCUUUUGAUAUGUGUGUGUGCGCGUGUGCCCCUGGUUUCUGUAUCAUUGUAUUUCUUGGAUGAAUUGUAGGCUGUUUUGCUAACAUAUUGAUGAACAAAUGAUGUCAGCAACCUA